CCAGAAAUGACAGAAAAUAUUUAGAUAUCUCCACCGAACAGAGAGAGCUAAGUGAGACAGACAGAGGGCUGGUACACGGUAGGGAGUGAAGAUGCUGGUUGAGAUCUGCACCGUGGCUAUCUGCUGGGUCAUAACAGCAAGCUGUAGUCAGUGCAUAGAGCCUCGUGAGACAGGUACAAACUUCUCCAUCACAGUGACCCAAGACGUUACAGGAGAGGCUGGACGGUGCAUUCCUAUAUCAUGUAAAUUCACAUACCCAGGCAACGUUACUGAAUACGUACGAAGAGUCUGGUUCAAAGGAGAUCCACUUACACCUGUAUUUGAAAAAGAUGCAGAGGUGUGCGGUGUUGUUUGGCAGUUCCUGAGAGGUCCUGAAAGGUCUUGCAGCUUUUUCCUCGAAGACCAACAAGAAGGAGAACACGAGUAUAGAUUCAAGUUAACAUGGGGAGAUGAUCAAAUGUAUGUUUUUCCUGAGAGGGUACAAGUCUCAGUGUCUGCUCUAACCCAGAAGACGCCCACUGUGGAGACACCCCCUCUCACAGAGGGAGAGAGGGCCACACUGACCUGCAAAGUAUAUUCACUCAAACGAAAUGACCUCUGCCCGCAAAGACUAGAAGAAGAUUUUGUUGGAAUAGUCUGGAGAGGGACAGAGAACUUAGGCAUGUAUUUUAGGAUAAUGGAGCCAUCAACAGCAGAAAAUACUUUCAGUGUGAAUAAGUUGUAUUUCACUCCUAAAUCCGAACAUCACAACAUCAACCUCACAUGUAUGGGCAUCUACAAGAAGGCCAACAUUACUGUGGAGAAAACGGUGACUUUAACAGUAAAAUACCGUCCCAAGUUCCUGAAUGGCUCGGUGUGUGUGGUCCAGGCAGAGGUCCUGACCUGUGUGUGUGUCAGUCAGGGGGUUCCCUUACCAGUGAUUGCUUGGCCAAUGUUAGGGGUCUAUAUUAGUUACAGUGUGAUCGUCUCCAGGAGUGCCCAAACCGUGAACAGCAACAUCACCAUGUCUGCCUCAGAAUAAAAGAACAGCAGCGUGGAGUGUGUCAGCAGAAAUGUAAUUGGCCAGACCGAGAUGGAAUUCCCCAUACUACACCAAGCUGAAGGGAGCCUGACACGUAAGUUCUUCAGUUGAACAUUCUAUGUAUGUAUAUGACUAGUGUUACAUUUUACAAUUUGAGUGAAGAAGAAUCACCAAUUCAAGUCUGCUCAAAUUCAGCUCAAAUCACAGACAUCAGGAACAACAUUGUCAUAGAACAAAAGUUGUGUCAAGUGCAAAAUUCACCAUUAAUCUCAUUAUAAUCUGGCAAUGUCUCAGCUCCUGCUUUUCCUAAAUUUCUCUUUUUCUCACCCUCCUGGUAUUGACCCUUGCCUGUCCUGACUGAGCCCGCCUGCCUGACCACUCUGCCUGCACCCCUAUACCUUUGCCUCUACUCUGGAUUUGCCUGCCCCUGUUGCUGUAAUAAACAUUGUUACUUCAACACAGUCUGCAUGUGGGUCUUAUCUGAAGCAUGACAGUACGAACUGGCCAUGACUGACCCAGCAGACUUGGACCAGCUCCGCAACGCCAUCUCCUCCCAAGGAGCCCCCAUUGGUAGGCACGAGGAGUUGCUUCUGAUGGAAGUGUUCCAGGCCGUGGUCGAAUGUCAUGAUCUAGCAUUGGACGCAUUGCAGGAGCAAUUCCGUGGGUUGCCUACUAGGCAGCCUACCAUGAUGAUAACCUCCCAGCCCCAGCUGGUAGCAGCGACGUCACUCCGGUUCCCUGGGACCCUGCUUACCUCCCCCGGAGCGCUACGAUGGAGAUUCCAGAACCUGCCGGGCCUUUCUCUCCCAGUUCUCCCUCGUUUUCGAGCUGCACCCUUCUUCGUUCUCCUCGGACCGCACGAGGAUAGUGUAUAUCAUUAUGCUGAUUUCCGGGAGGGCACUCGCCUGGGCCACGGUGGUGUGGGAGCAACAAUCUGUCGUCUGCCUCAGUCUGAAGGGAUUCGUGGCAGAGGUGAAACAAGUUUUUGAGCCCCUGACCCAGACUGCUGUCCUUGUACAUUUGCCUCUACUCUGGAUUACCGACCUCUGCCUGACCUGACCCUGAGCCUGCCUGCAGUCCUGUACCUUCGUCCCGCUACUCUGGAUUACCAACCCCUGCCUGACCUGAGCCUGAGCCUGCCUCCAGACCUGUACCUUCGACCUGCUACUCUGGAUUACCGACCUCUGACUGACCUGACCCUGAGCCUGCCUGCAGUCCUGUACCCUUGACCUGCUACUCUGGAUUACCGACCUCUGCCUGACCUGACCCUGCCUGCAGUCCUGUACCUUCGUCCCGCUACUCUGGAUUACCAACCCCUGCCUGACCUGAGCCUGAGCCUGCCUCCAGUCCUGUACCUUCGACCUGCUACUCUGGAUUAUCGACCCCUGCCUGCCUUGACCUGUCGUUUGCCUGCCCCUGUUGUAAUAAACAUUGUUACUUCAACACAGUCUGCAUUUGGGUCUUACCUGAAGCGUGACAAUUAUGAAGUUCAUCGUAUUUUUUGUACUUAUUUUCCACUUUGAAAAUGUCACCUGAAGUGUGAAAAGACAAUUGAUCAAGAAAAAGUAUAUCAGUAAACACAUUUCCAUCCAACGUUUUUUACUAGUAAAGCCAUAACGUAUAAAAAAAAUCAUGACAUCUGUGAUGAAAACAGGAAGUUUCGGUACAAUUUUAUAAAAGGUAAAACUACAAUCCCACAGUUUCACACAUGGGGAAGUAUGGCAUAAGGUCGGGGCGGCAGCGUAGCCUAGUGGUUAGAGCUUUGGACUAGUAACCGAAAGGUUGCAAAAUCGAAUCCCUGAGCUGACAAGGUACAUAUCUGCUCCUGAACAAGGCAGUUAACCCACUGUUCCUAGGCCAUCAUUGAAAAUAAGAAUUUGUUCUUAACUGACUUGCCUAGUUAAAUAAAGAUCAAAUUCUUAUCAUUGUUAUAUUUAUAUAUAUGUUUUAUCUAUAAAUGAUGCAAUGUAGGACUGUCUGAGCAAGGUAAAUGAUACUCAAGGAAAUCCUUUUAGCUCCGUUAUGUUAAGUGAAAUUUGCAACUAGAGACCAUAGCCUACCAGUUAGAGAGACGAGCCAGCAACCGGAGGGUUACCAGUUCCAAUUCCGGGUCCGAUGGGAAAACAGGAGGGUUUCUGGUAGAAAAUCCUACAUGCCAUUGCCAGCCGUUGUUCUCUUGAACAACCCUCCACAACAACAGCUCCCUUGGCACCAAGUCACAGGUUACUGUUUUUUGGCAUGAAUCUCAUUCUGGAGGCAGCUCUGCAGAGUGGUCAAUAGCUGACACAGCCCCAAGUCAUAACAUCUGAUGUUAAACCUAAUUAACCCUUGCCUUAACCACACAGCUAAACCUAAUGCCUAACCUUAAAUGAAAUGUUCCAUUGCUUUAGGUUUUUUGGUGUGUGUGGAAGCGCAGAAACCAUUUUUAUGUGAAUGAAUUCAAACUUUUUUCUGAGUUAAUGUCUCUGGUUUUAUGCAACAACAAAGAAAAAGCAAAAUUUUAACCAAAUUAUGUUGUAUUUUAAGUAAAAGCACAUAAGGAAGCUACAAGUUUUUGUUAUCUUCCUCAUGUUCAACUAUGUUAAUAAAGAUGUUAUGUAGAUAAUCACAGUAACACAUUUGCACAUAUUAUCAAGUGAAAUGGUUUAAAGAAAAGCUUUGUGUGAUGUCGCUUCUGCAAACAAUGAGGGCUGGUGUGGGAGGAAUAACUGGUACAUACUGUAUUAAUAAAGUCAUACUAAUACAUGGAGAUAUAGAAUGUAUUUGGGGUGUAUUUCCCUUACUGUUUUGAGUAUGAGAGAACAGAUAACGCACUAUAUAGAUAAACUGAGCGGGUCACAUUCUCUGUUGUUUACUUUAUUUAUUUGUUGUUUGGAACCAAAGAAAGAUGGCUUUGCUUGAGGCGGGACAGACUUGUAAAAUAAAGAGAGUGAUCAAACAUCA